AUGUCCACUCCGGGAGAACGGAAGUUCUCCCAAAAACUCAUGGGACUAGAGGCUUGCAACCUGCCCAUGGGUUUUAAAUUUUAUGCAAAUACAGCAAUAGGAAAGAGUCUCCUGAAGCCUGGUACGGUAGCGCCAGGUAGGACGGGGUUGCAGGAGUCAUAUAGGCUACCGAAACGGAAAAGGACUAGGAUGGCGAUCUGUACUUAUUACGCACGUACGCUUGCAUCGGAAGCGGCCAUCGGAGAUCUGAUGAUGCAAGCCAAGAAGAUCAAGUACGACAUCAUCGGACUGACCGAGAAGAGACGACGUCACCCUCUCAACGCCGUCUAUGAAACUGGAGAAGAACUAUUCUUAGGAACAUGCGACAGUAGAGGUGUUGGUGGAGUUCGCGUCCUCGUCAACACGAGUACGGCAAAGAACAUCGACUCUUUCGAACAGCUUACGACCCGAAUCGGACGUCUGCGGAUGAGAAGCUGUGGUCCAACACCAGCUUUGACAAUCUUCGCUGUCGCAUACGCUCCAACAUCAAGCUACGAAAAAGAAGUCGAAGCUUUGUAUAUGGACCUAGAGAAGUUCUACAGAAAAAAAUCAUAUCUUCUGCAUGGUCAUAAUUGCUGA